CUCAGGUAAACAGCCAAGAUGGCGGCGCCGUCGCCGGGACCGGAGCGGGACCCCGGCCUGGAGGCAGAGCGGGCGGCGGCGGCCGGGCUGGCCCCGCUGACCCUGACGGCGCUGCCGGGGGAGCUGCUGGAACUGAUCGCCUGCUGUGGGACGCUGAGCGCCGCCGACGUGGGCCGCCUGGCCUGCACCUGCCGCCGCCUCAGGGAGGCCUGUCAGCCCCACGGGAAGGUCUGGCGGGAGCAGUUCCGACUCAGGUGGCCAUCGCUAAUGAAACACUACAGCCAGACAGAGAAUGUCAGUUGGCUGGAGGAAUAUAAAGAGCGACACAAAGCUGGCUUGGAAGCUAGAAGAAUUGUAGCAUCAUUCUCCAAAAGGUUCUUUUCUGAACAUGUUCCCUGCGACGGCUUCAGUGACAUUGAGACUCUGGAGUGCCCAAGCCAUUUCUUUGAGGAUGAACUGAUGUCCAUCCUUAAUAUGGAAGGAAGGAAAGGCCUGACAUGGAAGUACUAUGCAAAGAAAAUUCUCUACUUCCUGCGGCAACAAAAUAUUUUAAAAAAACUGAAGGCAUAUCUUCAACGCCCAGCAGAUGAACAGUCCUUCUUGGAAGGUGCUGUAUUAAUUGAUCAGUACUGUAACCCUUUGUCAGACAUUUGCCUAGAGACUGUUCAAGCCCAGAUUGAUGACAUUGCUGCUAAAGUUCGUAAAUUUCUGAAGUCUAAAAACCCUCGGCAUCCCAGCGUGACCUCUAAAGCAGGAGAAGUAUGUCGAGAAGUCUCUGAGGUGGAGCUUCAGAGGCAGGUUUUGGAUGCCAUGAACUACGUCCUGUAUGAACAACUGAAAUACAAAGGGAAUGAGGUGGAUUACUACAAUUCUCUGAAUUCAUACAUUCGCCAGGUUUUGAUCCAUCGAACUGGAAUCCCGAUCAGCUUGUCUGUGCUUUAUUUGACAAUUGCCAAGCAGUUGGGAGUCAGGCUGGAGCCUGUCAACUUUCCCAGUCACUUUUUGCUCAGAUGGUGCCAAGGGACAGAAGGAAGCACGAAUAUCUUUGACUACAUUUACAUAGACGCUUUCGGAAAGGGCAAACAGCUAAAGGUGAAGGAGUGUGAGUAUCUGAUUGGACACCACGUAACAGAGGAGUUCUAUUGUGUGGCGACGGCAAAGGAAGUUUUGCAGCGAAUGGUGGGGAACUUGCUGAACAUUGGGAAACGGGAAAGCACCGAUCAGUCCUACCAGCUCUUGAGGGACUCAUUGGAUCUGUACCUGGCCAUGUAUCCAGACAAUGUGCAGCAUCUGAUGCUCCAAGCAAGACUGUACUUCCACCUGGGAAUCUGGCCAGAAAAGGUGCUGGACAUUUUGCAACAUAUUCAGGCCUUGGACCCUUCUCAGCAUGGGGCGGUGGGCUAUUUAGUCCAGCACACGUUGGAACACAUUGAACGUCGGAAAGAGGAAACAGGGCCCGAUGUGAAGCUCCAUUCUGAUGAGAAGCACAAAGAAGUCUGCUAUUCUGUUGGCUUGGUUAUGAAGCACAAAAGAUACGGCUAUAACUGUGUAAUCUACGGCUGGGACCCAGCCUGCAUGAUGGGGCACGAGUGGAUUCGAAACAUGAACGUCCACAGCUUGCCACACGGUCCCCACCAGCCUUUCUACAAUGUAUUGGUGGAAGAUGGAUCUUGCCGAUAUGCUGCACAAGAGAACCUGGAGCAUAACACAGAGCCCGGCGAAAUCCCUCACCCAGACAUCGGUCGCUACUUUAUGGAGUUUGCAAGCACACACUACGUGGCAAAUGCAGAAUUGGAGAUCCGAUAUCCUGAGGAUCUGGAGCUCACAAGUGCCGCUGUCCAAAAGAUACACAGCGAGAAUAAGGAAUGAGCUUUUUAUCUUUUUAUGAAGGCAGAGGAUGCCUUCACAAAGCUGCCAUGAGAAUGGCAUUGUGGGAAGCAGGUGUCCUUAGCUAUUCUUUGGCCUAAUCAGGAAUUUGCACUUUGCUUUGUAACUUGAGAUGAAGCAUCUCUUCUGUAACCACUCAGUCAGACACCACCACAAGUGAAAGAAUGUGGGUCGCAUGAAUUGCCUGGAAAGGAUGCCCCUCGUCUGAAAUUAUUGCCCUACAGAAAAAUCUAGUCGCUUUCGUCAAGUCUGGCUCUUCUUCUUGACUUUCAGGAUAUAGCUCUGAGACUGAAAAUGCCCACCCUUGAUCACAUUUGUGCUAGUUUAAUGGUCUGGGGUUUGCACACAGUAGUUAAGGUCCAAGGUCCUUUUGAAAUGACAGAAUCGUUUCCCUAAAACUGAUCCCCUCCCAUGCUCACUUCUUUGAUCACUAUUGUAGCCAGCAGUGCAGUGCCAAAGUCUUGGGAAUUAUGCUGAAACUUUCUUGCCCAAAGACCUUGAAACGAUCUGCCAAGUGGAACUCUUUCUGCUGCAAGAGAUGAACAGCUUAAUCUGCAUACGGACAUGAAGUUCAUAGGGAACAGGAAUUGCAUCAAGUUUCCUCUUCCUUUUAGGGCUUUUGAAUUUUGUUGUUAUUGAUUGAUGAUACCAUGUUUGUGAUCAGGUUGUAUGUUUUAAAACCUUCUCCCCAUUUCCCCUUUACUUUGUAUCUCUUAGGUCUGUUUUGCAGAAGUUCCGUGGUAAGAGGCAAACCAGGUAUUCCACUGUUCUGUCUGCUGUUAUCUACUCAAAAGAUAAAUGUUUUCUGUUAUGACAUUAACAGUGCAAUUCUAAGCAGAGUUAUACCCUUCUAAACCCGCAGUGGACUUAGAAGGAUGUAACUGUUUAGGAUUGACCUAUAAGUAGCAGGCUUGCUCAUUAAAACUGAAUUCCUGCUUUCUGCCUGUUCCAAACAUAAUUCUUGGGCAGAAGGAAAUGGUAAAUAUCUAAAAAUGGCUAUAUUAGGGACCGUUCAAUAAAUCUGAGUUACUUGACUGAAAUAUUGCUGGAAUCGGAUCUGGUCACGCAAGAAGGAAAUGGCUGCCGAUGUGCUUCUGUGUUUUGUUAGGCAUUUUAAAUAUAUAAUGCAAAAGUGUGGAAGAGUAAUUUCUCAACUGGCCUCUGUAAGUAGGCAUCCGGCAGUGUUCACUGGAUUAUCUGCUUAAUGGCACUACAGGUACAAGUUAUAAUUAUCACAUUGUGCAGAAUAAAAUGGUAAACGUGAAGUUCAAUUUCGAAUAUCACUGUUAGUCGCAGUGAAACCAGUUUUUUUAGACCAAUUUGAUUUGCAUGCCAUAUUUUCAUAAUAUCUAAUGAGCACUUUUCUUUGUAAACCUGUAUGUCUCUGCUGGCUGAUGUGAAGCAGAUGGCAUGAAGGGAUUUGUUCAGGCAUCACAUUUCUCAUGUCUGCAGGUCAUUCUGUCUGUCUACCAAAUGUGUGUACGCCUACUCGGACUGUCAUAACAUUUGGGUCAUGGCAGUUUGAUCUGCAGCCGUUUUUGGCGUCUAUUUGGCCCCUAUGUAAAACUGGCAAAAAUAUCAGGUGGUUACAGCUGGUAACAAUGACUGCUGAAGUUUACAUCAAUUUUACAUAUCUGAACAGGUGACCUGUUGCUCACAUGAGACCUGAGAGACCCAGUGAAAGAAGAACUGAGGAUGCAAAUAGAAAAGGGGGGGGUCAACUUAUAUGUGCAACAUGAUUUUAUGAUGUCUGGUCAGACUUAAGUUCCACUGUGGUCAAAGGAACUUACUUCCUGGUAAGUGUGCAGAGAAUUUCAGCCUCGCUCUGAAUUUAAACGUUAAGAACUUCUAGCAAUAUUCGUAGCCUGGCCUUUCCCUCUCUGUUAGGAGGGAUGCUGCUACCUGAGGACAUGAGGAAACAAUCUGUCUGCCUCAAACUUCAGCUUCUAGAGCUAUAAAUGCAGCAGAAAGACCACUGAAGUGAUUGACAGGGCUGUGCCACUUGAGCCAUUAGGUGGGGGAAUCCCAUGACUGAAAUUUCCCUUUGGGUAAAAAACAUUCCUUGCAAGUGGAAAACAAGCUCAGCAGGAGACUAGGCUGUGUUAGGCCUUCUUCCUGAUAAACUAGUUUUCUACUCAUAAGGGGAUUUAACAUGGAGGAGGAUCCCUCAAAUGGUGUCUCUUUCUGCCACCUCAUUCUUCUGCACACAUAACCCAGGCCUUGUUUGCAUCUGGUUCCUUAGUGGUAGAACGCCAGACACCAAUCCUCAGCCCUUGCACUGUUUGUGUGACUUCGGUCCCGAGAUCUUUCUCUGUGUGCUACUGGUAGUCUGAUGAUCUGCAGUCCCUUUCCUCCCCUGGUGAUCUUGGCGUUGUUAUUAAUGCACUUAGAAGUCCUUACAUGAAAGGUGCUAUAUAUGUGUAUAUAGAUACACACAUUAUUAUGGUAUUUUUUUAAAAAACAGAAUUUGUAAAGCUAAUAAUCAUUAUGCAGUUUUCAACACAAAAAAAACUAUUUUAAGGAGAGUUUUGAGCAUGGGGUCCUCUGGCUUCCGAAGACAUCUCUAAAAUAAAGUGUUUAGUCUGUCAUAUAAAACUGCAUGUAUGUACUUCAACUCUUUUGAGAUCUGUUCUGCUCAUUCAGACAGUCUGAGAGGGGUAUGAAGGGGUUCUUACAGCCUAAUCUACACCUGUGUCUGUCUUUUGGACAUUUUAUAUAUUUUUAAUAGAAUUAAUUCUGGUCCUGCAGAACAAAAGAACUUAACCUUCUUUUCACUGUUCCAUCGAACUCUUGUCCAGUCUAUUGAAUUGGAACAGCUGCAAGGUAAUAAUGAAUAUGAGUGUUCAAAGUGAGUGUAGCGUUUCUGGUUUUUGUACUGUAUAAAUUGGACUUAUGCACAAUGCUUGCUUUCCUGUUUCAAAAAAAGUCUUGGCUUCAAACCUUCCCAGAGUACAUCUCCUUAUUUCAAGCUGAAAUGUUUAAUCACAGAUGGUUUGGAAAUUGUCUGUGAUUAUUCUCUGGGAAAUGAUGUGAACUUCCCACAUGCCCAGAGGUUCUCUUCCUUAUUUCUGCUUAACUUUCUAGGGUUGAGUCCUGGGACCUGAAUUUUUACAAACAGUGAUGCCAAAUUGUGGGGUGUUGUUUCCCCCCCAUAAAAUACAAUGGUUGCAAGUUGUUGAAAUCUGUGAAUGAUUAAAAGGCUCAUUAUUUGGGCCAAAAUAAUAAAAAUCCCUAAGGGGAUUUACCUACUCCAGCAUUCCACGAAAGAAUGCCAGCAACCAAUAGGCAUUAGGCAAUCCACCAGAAACUGGCCAGGGACCUGCUAGGUUUAUCUUCUGUCCAUCCCUGGUCUAUUGUGUUCAGACUUACUUAAUAAAGAUACAAAAGAACUUAUAGCCUGGAAAAUGUUGUUGGUCUUUUAAGGUGCUGCUGGACUCCACCCACCUGAUUAAAAAUAGGAACAUGAGAAGAGGGCUGCUAGAUCAGACCGUGGAUAAAUCUAGCCAAGCAUCCUGUUUCCUCCAGUAGUGGCAAGCCAGAUACUUCCGGGAAGCCCACAGGCAGAGCACAGAAUUUUUAGGUGGCUAACCAACUGCCUUUGAAAAGUAUUGAUUGGCUAUACUUCAAUGAAUUGGCAUGAUACCAAGCACUCAGUGUAGCCAGCCACUGCUUUGAGAUACUGAAUGAAGGGUAAAACAGUUUACAUAAGAAAAGGUUCCCACUCAUUUAGAAGGAAAACUUAAAUAUUUUCUAUUCCUUAUUGCAUUUAAGCACCUGAAGGAACAUAGCAUCAAAAAAGUAUGCUCUUAACAACCUGUUUUGUCAAUUAACCUUUUUCACUGAUCAACAUGUGUUGGUUACUCUAUCAAUUAAACUGACUGCAGUUUGCAACAUUCUAGGAUCAGUAAAGUCUAGCUGAUUUGCCGUCCAAAAAUUAGCCUAGUGCAUAAAAUAGACCCUUAACUGUGGCCCGAAGGUAGUUGUCAAAUUCACUUGGGACCAGGGCUUUUUCUGGGAGAUAAACAUCAAUAAAUUAACCGUUAAUGACAGCAAAUAAAAAUGUUUCCCAGUGGCACCUAGUGCUCAAUAGAGCAGGUGCCAGGCUAAUAGGAAUUCUACUACUAAGGCCCCACCACCAAGGAAGACCCAUCUCUAAAGUGGGGCAUGAUGAGCAGGCCCUUUGGCAGUGUGUUGAUCAUCUGCAGUAGUUUGUGUCUGUGUUAUGGUGGGAAAUGAGUUCUGAGUCUGGUAAUUCUCUCAUUCUCCAGCCUUCUUCUGUCUCCCGCGGGGGUCAGAGGACAUUUUUACUUUCCUUCCUCACAGGGGUGCUGCUUGUGCAGGGUUGGACCAUAGGGAAGUGGAGGGGGAAGUUGGUAUCCCUUCAUCUCCCCUUUCCACUGCACUUCGUGAUUUUGAAGCUAAAGCAGAUCCCCCACCCCACCCUAACUCCAUGUCCCAGAGCUUUCAGCAAAGCACAGAUCUGAGGCUUUCCUGAGCGUGUUUUUGUCCGCAGACCUCUGCCUUUGCAGCAAAGAGUGUAGGACAGACAACACAGUUCUGGGAAUACAGUUACUCAAGAUGGUUUAGUCUUGCGUGGCUAACCCUGUGACAAAUGACUUGAGGUCAGAUGACUUGGUGAAGGUAUUCAUCCAUCCAAGAGCAGUGAAAACUCCCAAUUUUAUUCCAGCUCUGAAGAAUGCAUGAAUUAUCUUCUGGUCUAAGUAGCCCAUUUAUGCUGGGAAACAGCCUGUGUGUGGCAAACAUGUAAUGUAUGGGAUAUACUCAGUAAUGAAUUAGAGCGGUGAUUUUCUGACUCUCAGUGUCUUUAGCAAUGAUUCACUUUGGCCAGAGAGGUUGUAGACAUCUGCUUCUUGGAUUGUACAG